AUGGAUCCGUUCGGGGAACCGGCCGCCGACACCUUGGCCGCGGCUCGUCUUCACGUCCAAGCCCUGACCGACUGUGGAUUACCCCGCGAGGCUCUUUUGCGGGCUCUUCUGGAAAACUAUGGCGAUGCUUCUGGGAGGGCCAGCAUACUAUCGACGGCAACCACCAUGAGCUCCGUCUCGUCUCAAGCCGCAGGAGGACAGGAGAUUGCGCCGCUUCCCACGCCGCCUGCGCCGCCCGUAAAGAGCAACAACCGGGGCACUUCCAAACCGCAAGGCGCAUACUGGUGCACCUUUUGUGACGUUGCUUUCCAGCGCAAGUUUGACUGGAAAAGACACGAGGAUGAGUUCCACGAGAGAUAUAAGCGCUAUCCGUGUCCCAACUGCAAUCGGAUCUUCUGGGGAGCCAAUACGUUCAAUCAGCACCACAAGAACGCCCACGGCUGCACGACAUGCCCGCACGCGGAUCGGGUGGUGCGCUACACACAGCGCAAAACAGCAUGGGCCUGCGGAUUUUGCGGAGGUUUUCUUGCCAGCCGCGAUCGGUAUUUCGACCAUGUCGCCCGCCAUUAUGAGGAUGGAUGCAACAAGGGACACUGGAACCACUCACUCGUAAUCUACGGCCUACUUCACCAACCUUCGAUCAGCAAUGCAUGGAAGGAGCUCAAUGCUGCACUCUACGGUCAUUUACCACGCGAUCAGCAGCCAAUGCUGGAAUGGGAUGCCAAGGUGACUGGCAAUGCGCCCGGCUUCCUGGAGGGUGAAAGCCCCGGCAAACUCCAGGAUUUACUCGAAUUCUUUAACGAAAGUAACGACGACCCGAGAUUUCUUGCACGACUCGCCCACGACCAGGCGAAGAUUCGAUUCCGGCAUGAGGUACUGCAGCCUGGCGGCAUGUCUCCCACCGACAUGGCGUCACGGCCUAUUUCGGAGCCCCCGAAGCUGAAGUCCUCUGCUUCAACUCAGACACUUUUGUCAAACAAGCACAUGUCCUCGCCGCAGCCCUCGGGGGGGUCUGACGGGCCACCACCUGCAUACGACAGUAGUUCUGUACAGCAUGUCUUGAAGAAGCAGCGAAGCAUGGCUCCUUCACUGGAUGCAUCGUAUUCGAAGCCUCAUAUGUUUAGCACACCAACACCGCAACAACAGCCGCUGCCACAACCACCACAAUUACCUUCUCAAAAGCUGAUUAACAACCCGUUUCUUACUGCAGCGCCGGAACCUCAACCUCGCAACCUGCUGGGGAUUCAACUGGAAACUACGGCGUCUGGAGGAUUUUACGACUUGACGCUUACACAUCAACAGCAAUUAUUACAGCAGCGGCAGCAGCAACUAUCGCCGCAAGAACACCAGCCACAGUUCCUGCCGCAGAUUAACGCGAUCAAUUUAUACGACGACUGGAGUAGCAUGGUGGGGACGAUGGUAGACGACGGGUCGGGGACGACAUGGUGGCAGACGACACAGCAUCCAGGUACACAUCAAGGACCACCGCAGUGAUUUUUCCAAGUCGCUCUUCAUAUCACAGCACUGUUUUUUUUUCCCCGCUACAUCACAAAAACCUUUUUCUUUGUUUGGAAACCCCCGGAUUUGGACACGGUGCUUGAAAACAAGCAAGGCGUUAUUCUGGGCAGCUGUUUUUCUUCAUUCCUCGAAUACCCUUCUGAACAUUUCUCUUCUUAUACCCCCAAUUUUGCGGGCCUGUCAUUACUACAUCAUUUUUUUUUCGCACACUUUUGGAACCAUUUACCUGUCGAUUAGGUUGUUCUCUUUUUUUCUGGUGUUUUUUGUUUUGGAUUUUGGACCAUUUGGGUUUAUAUACGACAUGGGUUGGACAGGAAGGAAGGCAAGGCAUUGGAGGGAAAUGGGCGGAGGUCAAGCAAGCAAGCAAGGUGAAUUUUGCGAUGGAGGCAUAAGCGGUUGGGAAAAGGGUGUGCGGAGGUGGUGAAAGUUUCUGGAUUUGUUCCAUUUGGAGAUUAGGCGUUCCAUUAUUGAGUACGGGAGAUGUAAAAGUCUGACCGGGAUGGCGAGAGGAGAGGGUUGUGGGGUUGAGAGAGAGGACUGGAAAGGGGGGGCAGGGGAUGUUUUUUUGUAUUAUAUAUUUGCUCCGGUUCCCAAAGCAUGGUGUGUGCCCCCCCUUGGGAACCUGGAAAGCAAGGUAACGGAGAGGUUUCGGACUUGGGGAGAAUAAAAUUCUCGAAUCUGUCACCUUUGUCUUUUUUCCAUGCUGCAAUACUGGAUGGAUCCCGG